UCAGGCAAUAGAUUUAAGGUUAAACAGUGUUCGGUGUCCUUAAGCAAAAUACAGACACCAAACUUUGCCAACGUGUCCCAACACAACAGUUUUGGUGAUUCUACCAGUAAAGUAUUAAAUCCACACAAUGCUGGUGACUGUGCCAUGGAAAUAAUGAAUGAUAGUAGUAAUCUGAGUGGUCAUAUUGAAAAAACACACCUAAAUACUGCGAGUGACAGUUCUACUAAUACUGCAGCUCAAAACGCGAGCUGUGGCAGUGUUCAAAAGUUACUACUGCGGCAGUGGUGCUAAAAAAACACCACAGCAGGACUGUUUUGUGAAAUUGAAUGCACUCACGCCACGGACUAUAGAUAAACACAUCUCUAGGUUGCACAACGAUAGCGUGGAAGAUAUGGAGUUGGAAUUAUCUCUGCUGAGUAUUCACAGUCAUAGUAGCGAAGAAGCUGAUGUUGAAAUGGAAGAAUGUGCAGGUGUCAUGACACCGGCAAAGAAAACCGUCAAGUCAAAACAAAAGGCUGAAUUAUUUAAAGAAGCACUGACACCCUGCAAACCUAAAGAUAAGAUUAUGUCUGCUAGGGAGAAAGUGUUGCUGCAGUGUGAGCAAAUAAACACCAUACCAUUCACUAAAUGUAUUCCAGCAGCCAUACGAAAGAAGUGCUGCAAGAUUGGAGAGGGUACCUUUGGAGAAGUAUUCCGCAUGGAGGUCAGGAGGCAUUCUCUGGCGCUGAAGAUCAUACCAAUUGAAGGUGAUUUCCUGGUGAACGAUGAACCACAGAAAACAUUUGAAGACAUCUUACCUGAAAUAGUCAUAUCAAGGGAAUUGAGUGCUUUGCGGUAUGGUGUUGAUAAUAUGACGGCCAAUUACAUAGAACUGAAAGAUGUAUCAUUAAUCAAAGGAAAAUAUCCGCAAGAUCUGAUCAAAGAGUGGGAUAAAUAUGACGAGAAGAAAACGUCAGAGAAUGACAGACCAGAUAUAUUUGAUUCUAGUCAGUUAUUUAUUAUAUUUGAAUUCAAUGAUGGAGGAUGUGAUCUUGAAAAUUUUGAGUUCAAGAAUAUGCAGCAGAUGAAGAGUGUGUUCCAACAAGUGACGUGUUCUCUCGCUGUUGCCGAGAAACAACUACAAUUUGAGCACAGAGAUCUCCACCAGGGAAAUAUUCUUGUGGCAUUCACAGAUACAGACAACUUACAUUACGUUCUAGAUAAUGAAAUGUACGAGAUAGAAACACAUGGUGUGCAAGUCAGUUUGAUUGACUUUACUCUUUCAAGACUUAAAAAAGAUGGAUGUACUGUGUUCUGUAAUCUGGCUGAAGAUGAAACCUUAUUCCAAGGUCAAGGUGAUUACCAGUUUGAAGUUUAUAGAUUAAUGAAACAAUACAACAAAAAUGAUUGGGAAAAAAGUUGCUUAAUGACCAACGUACUCUGGCUACAUUACCUUGUCGAUAAGCUAGUGAACCGGGACAGGCGGAAGUUCACAAGGAAACAAGACAAAAUGAUCCACAAAGAAUUUUUAAGUUUUUACAACGAGGCUUUGAAAUAUCAUUCGGCUGAGGAGAUUUUUUUGAACUGUAAAUUAUGUCAAUAGUUGUAAUUAGUGAAUGUGGUUGUACUAUAUGCUUGUUAGAUAUUUAAAAACUGAAAUAAGGAUGUCGUAUUUGCUCUAUUAGACGUGCAUCACUAAUAAAAGCAUAUGUAAACCAAAAA